AGAGGGGGGUGGUUAUACUGUGUCCGCCCGCUCCUGUUUUUCUUUUUCAGUCACUUCUGACUGUCGGACGGACGGAGAAAUGUGUUGGAUGGAUGUAUUUUAUCACCCGUUGUGGGCUGUUUCAACGGCGCUGCUGGCUUUUGUUGUGCGACUACAAAGGAGAGUGGGCUGGGAUCCACGCGCGUGUCCUGUCCGGCUGACAGGGAAGACAGCUAUAGUCACAGGAGCCAAUACAGGUCCGUCAGUUUCAACUAUUUUUAUGUGUAUGAAUAGAACAUUGGUCUUUGCAGAAAACCUAACAGGAAAAUAAAAGGCAACAUUGUCGUUGGAAAAAUUGAGUGGGCUAAAUGGGGUCGUUCUUGCGCACUGACAUCAUGAAGUUAUUAUGAGUAAAACAGCUACUCACAUCUUUGGUUUCUCUUUCCUCUCCCUGCUUUAGUUUGAAACUUUCACACGAAUAAGUGUGAAACUGCUUCAUGAAAUGACUUAUUCUGAACAACUACAUGGUGUACUGGCCAAGAUUGAGACUAUCUUUAAAUCUGAGAAAUAGAAAAAGUUAGCUCUAGCAGCAGCAGUCACUAUCAGUUUUUCCCAACCUUAAUCACUACCUUACCAGUUAGCUCCUCUUAAGUAAAGCAUGAUCAGUUUUACUUGAAAAAAGAUGAAAUAAUGAUUUAUAUCAUAUUUCAACUAAAUCAAGCCUUUUUCACUUUUACUUAGACUGUUUUGUUAUAACUUUUUCAGUAGUUGUUAACAGGUUAAGGGGAAGGUGUUUUGUGUUGUGAGAUUUUCAAGAUCAGAUUAAACGCACUAUGUCAGUCUUGGAUUUAAAUGUAUUGUCACACCCGUUUUACAAGUUUGUGCCUUUUGAUGUCACACCCAUUUGAAAAGUUUUUGCUUUUUGACCCUUAGCAUCUACAACCAGUAUUAUAAUCCUUGUCUCUUUUAUUUUCCAUAUAUUUAUAUAAAAGUUUUCCGGGUCAAACUGAUUAUAUUAUACAAGUUUGAAGUCAAUAUUUGUGCUUCAACUAUAGUAAAUAGCCUAUUUUUAAAGCAGGUCAAGGAGGUUUUACUGGCCUUUAACCCUUUAACGCCUUUUGUAUCAUAUUUGAUACAUACUUUUAUAUCCUUCAAUCAAAUCAAUAUGCUCAACAAAUUACUAAAAAAACACCUGAAUACAGUCCAAUAAAUGAUAAAAAUGUCCUCUUGUAGUUUAUCAGUUUCCAAAAACAUCUAAUGUAUCAAACUAGAUAAAUACAUAUAUUUGUUAAAUUGUAAGGAUAUUUUUAUUUGUUUUUUUUUUUUUUUUUUUUUGGUUUUCAGUAGUAAGUGAAAUAAGCAUUUCAGCUCCACAAAAAAAUUGAAUUUCUGGCCAUAAUUUGUGGUUUCAGGCAUUAAAGGGCUAUGAAUCAAGAAGCCUGUCAGCAGAAAAAAAAAGCAAAGCAGGAGCAUAAAAAAGUCAUAAUUGAAGUACUCUAAUCGCUCACAUUUGUAUCAGCCAGCCCACCCAUAGGUCUUCAUAUUUAUACAGUCAUGCACCUCCUCAUCCUGAAAUAGCAUUGCCACUUAUGAGUGUGGGAACAACUAUACCAAAAGCUUAGCCAUCAUAGAGUCUGAUGGCUGCAAACAUUUUCUUUUUUCUUGCCUCAUCCUGCAGAAAGAAUCAUCAGAUGUGAAGCUUUCUAUACUUAUGAGUGUAAAACAGCUUUGCACCGUAUUGAAAAGGAAAUAGAAAGAAUAAUAAAUACAUGCACAACUAUGGGUGCAGACUUUGAGAACCCACUCUCAUACAGCUGUUUUGGCUAUCAGGAGUUGAUCUGCACCAAACAUCACAGGCAGAGCUUUAACAAUGGACAAACAUUUCCAGAUGGCCCACCCAUUCUGACAGUUCAUUAACCCCGAGGAACACAGAGUAACUUCGACCUCACAAAUAAACAAACAGGUAAACUGAAUUAAAUAUGACGUUUUUAAGAUAUCAAACCAAUGUGUAACCCAUGCAAAUUUGUCAAUGUCUAUUAGGAAUAAAACUUUGAGUUCACAAGUACUGAAGCACAGGCUUGUUUCAUUUCAUGACUUAUAUUAGACCUCUAUUGGCUAAAUGUUUAAGGUUCCCCUCUAAGCCUCUUACUAUCAAACAGUUUUGUUUACAUAAAAUGCUCAUCACCAAAAUACAUAAUGUGAAUUAUGCAACAUGAGAAUAUGUUAAACAUCUUUUUCUCUUUUUUUUAAACAUUUGUAAAAUAUGACUCAUAAAUAUUUGAAGCCCUGACCUUUACUUAGAAAAACAGCUCUGUUGAUGUUACCAGGGAGCAAAGGCCUCAGAAGACAGACUCACCUUUGACCUGUGGGAUAGGAUUUCCUCAUAGUUGUAGGUAACAGAAGUGUUAUAUUGUCCUACAUGUUUUAUACUUGAAAACAUGCACAAAUUGUGUCUCUUCAGUAUAAUUUAAUGCCUGUUUUGCAUCAGCGUUAUUAUGAAAAUAAUAUUUACGUUUAGCCAAUUUUGAAUAUGAAACUAGUGUUAAAAUAUUACAAAAUAAGUCCCUUUCUGAGGGGUUUUAGGAAAGCUCUUUAUCAAGAGUAGGAUACAUCAUUCAAUUCCAACACCUCUACAUAUGUUUCAAUACUUUAAACAUGACAAUAGCCAGACACACUGAGAGACCAUCGAAAACAUCUGGCGAACACAUGCACAUCCCAGGAACUCCUCCAAGAUAAGAUGCAGAGACUUGAAAACAGACCACUUCUGUUUCAAAUGCAGUCCAACAGUUAAGGUUUAUAAACAAGAUAAACAGACACAGAUUGAUAGAUGGAGGCAAAGCAUUUUUGUCUUUAGCACAUAGACCAGCAAGCAGAGCUGCUUUUAAUUUACUGGAACACACAGAUCAAGUCCUUUUGUGUCAGAAUGUGCUGUCUAGAUGCUUUUUAUUUUUUCUGUACCAAAAUGUGUCUGUUGAUUUCAACUCCCUUGAAAUACUAAUAAAUGUUGGCUUUCUUCCUCUGUCAGGGAUUGGUAAGUUCAUUGCCUUGGACUUUGCACGUCGUGGGGCUCGUGUUAUCAUGGCGUGCCGAAGCGAGGCCCGGGGGAUGGCAGCUCUCAAAGAAAUCAGGGAGAAAUCAGGGAACUCGAACAUCCACCUGCAGCUGGUUGACCUAUCCUCCAUGGAGUCUGUCAGGAAGUUUGCAGAAAGGAUACUAGAGGAGGAAAAAGCUCUCCACAUUCUCGUCAAUAAUGCUGGAGUAUCAGGUGAUAUAUGUGCCCACAACAGAAAAGACAUUGUUUUUAUCUUAUGAACAAAAAUGCAAGCAGGAGUAAACUUAAUGCAUUUGUCACCAAAAAAAAACAACCAUAUAAUGUUGUCAUGCCAAACACAUUUUGUCUUCUACUGCUGGAUUCUGUCUCAUUCUUUAACUUAUUACUUCACAGAAACUUAACUUAUAAUUUAAAAAAAUGUUUUGUGAAUAAAAACCUCUCUGUUAGUUAGUCAGUUACGCAACAAGAAGCACAAAGUCUGUAUAUUCCCAUCUGAAAAACAUCUGGAAGGAAUGAAGUAGAAACACAAGAGAGUAGUUUACUGAACAGAUGAUUGGACACAGACGCAACUCUAAAUGCACUGCUAAGACAAAAAAAAAAAAACCCCUGAUUGCAUAAACUAAAGAUCAGCUUCUGGGAGGAAAAGGGUGAGAUGUGUGGGUGCAUUUUUGUGUAGAGUGAAGUGAGGUCAGAUUAAAUUUGCUCGUAUGAAGCUCUUGUAUGAAGUACAGCAGCACAAGUAUGCCUCUGUUUUUGCUCAAUUCUGUUUAUAAUACAGUUUUUUUUUUUUAUUGCAUAUCAUGUUUAUUUAAAAUGUAGGUUUACCCAAGCAGUUAACCAAAGAGGGACUUGACAUGACUUUUGCCACCAACCACUUAGGGCCCUUUCUUCUCACCAACCUGCUGCUGGGUAAGCUACUCCAGUGUCUCUGCUUUAGCAGCUGUAUCCUGUACAUGAACUGAUAGUUACUACAUGUCUUUUUAAGGGUUUGAUUUCUAUUUUUUUUCUUUCCUCAUCUGACCGCUCUUUCUGCAUGUCUGUUUCAUUGCAGACCUGCUAAAGAGCUCAGCGCCGUCGCGUAUCGUCACCCUCAGCUCACUCAACCACAAGAAAGGACAGGUGGACUUCUCGCAUUUUCACGGGGAAAACCUCACAUAUUUGAUGGAUACCGUUUACAACAACACAAAGCUGCACAAUAUCAUCUGUACCAGUGAGCUAGCACGCAGGCUAAAGGGGACAGGUAGGCUAAAUUCAACAGUCUUGGGGUUGUUUCUAGGUGUGCACUAUACUUUCAGUUUCCAGUCAUGUGGCUGACAAAAGGGCAAAAGGGCAAAAGAGCGAAUUACGGUUGCAGCCUCCUUCUGACUCUGUGGAGCUACAGCACAGGCUUGAAACUGUUCAUCUCUUUGGUAUGCGGUGUAUUUACAUAACCUGACAACUCUAGACAAACAGAGAUAUGAAGAAACACUUAAAGUUCUAAGUAAAAGACUGGAUUUCUUAACAGCUCAUAUGUGCUCUAAAUGUAACCCUGUGUGUGCCCUUUUGUGUUUUUAUUCACACAUAGAUGUCACCGCAAACUCUGUCCACCCUGGUGUUGUCAUGACAGAAGUGAUGAGACACUAUCCUUUCAUAAUUCAGCUCUUAUUCAACAUCAUUGGGUUUUUUUUCUUUAAGGUGAGUACAUAUUUGCUUUUUACUGAUACUAUUAUCAUAUGAAUUAACUUCCUGAUACUCUGUGUUUACACUGUAGAGUAAUAGACAGGUAGAGCCAUCAUAGAAAGGUUACAUUAAAGCGCCUGUGAGUAACUUUCAGCUGGUAUUGACAUUGGCAGCCCAUGUUGACAAAGCUAUAUGGCCUUUGUUAUAGCAGAUCUUGUCCUGUACAUGUGUAGAUAAUGGUUUCAGACAGGAAUCACAUUCUUUUAUUGUUUAGCAUGUAAAAAAUAGUCUUGAUUAUGAUGAUGGAAGACACAAUCUUCCUCCUCCUCCUGACUGGUGAGCGUGCGCAUUGCUUCAUUCCCUUUCUUGCUGUUGAACUGUGUGUAGCGUUUUGUUCCUCCUGAUAGCGUUCUUGCUGUUUUGGGUUAUUUUCUCUCUGUAAUCUAUCAGUACAGCUGUUUGUUUAAAAGUCUGUAAGUUUUUCUGAUAGUUUUCACCAAGCACCGUCUUUAUCUCCACUCCGGGUGAUCUCUCUGGUAGUUUACUUUACUAGCUCCUAGCUUCUCUUAGCUUAGCUUCUUUUAGCUUCACUUGCUAACGAUGGCUUCCCCCCAGUCUCCUGCCUCUCCUGCUCGCUUCUGCUCAGUGUGUCAGAUGUUUAGUUACUCCUUGUCCUCCUUAGACGAUAACGAUACCUGCUUUAAGUGUAGUUUAUUCUUAGCUCUGGAGGCGAGGAUUACAGAGUUAGAAAAGCGGCUCCGCACCGAUGCUAGAGUAGCGGUAGCCAGCCAGGACACGGUAGCCGGUGCGGCUACCCACACACCGGCUACCAGUGAGGGGGGCAUCAGUAUGAAUGUUUCAUAACAUAACCAUAAAUAACAUCUCACAGGGGCUUUAAAGCUCCUGUGAGGAACUUUUUGUUUAUGUCAAUUUUGGCACCCCCCAUGACAAGUGUCCUCUUGAAAAAAUCUCGUUAUUCUGACUCUUGGCAUUCAAAUCUAUCUUUUUUGUGUGAAAAUUUAAUGAGAAAAUGUAAAAAAAAGGGCAUUUUCUCCAUCCACUUUGCUGACACCUCUCCUCCCGUAUCAAUUUCAGGUAGUAGAAACAACAACAUAAAAUUUCUUAACCUUGAUGCUGAUGGUUUUGUACUCCACACAGGAGCUUUAAGUAACCCAUUGCACUGGUAGCAUGCGUAGAAAAAUUGCUCAAUUACCCAUCCACCAAUCCCCCUGAAAAUGUUCGAGUAGCACUUCAGAGGACUUAUAUAAAUAGUUGUGUAUGUGUGCAGCUAUAUCCCAGCUGGCUGAAGCAGUUUGUCUGGUUGCCUGCAGUAAAGAUGUGUUGUUAUAAUGUUAAGCUUUUACCAGAACACAAGCUAAAUGCAUGCACCUAUUGUUUGAAGGUGUCACCACUUUCCAAGCAAUGCUGGAUACUCCCAGCAUAAUCUAAAUUUAGAAUUCCCUUGAACUAGUGAUUGAUUGUUUCUUGGAAUAGCCUUUGUUAAGAACUUCCUGUUACUACUCCUGUAUCAUCCUGUAAUUACUCAUUUUUUUUGUUAAAGCAAUUAAAAUAGAAGCAAAUGUUUCUGUUUUGUUUUCCUGCAACUUUUGUAUCAUUGGCUAAAAUUAACCAGUUCAUGAAUAAAGAUGUUGAUAGCAAGCUAAAGAACCCAUGUUAGCUGACUUGAACUUGUUGAAAACAAAGGCUCAGAAAGAGUUUUUAAUGUGUCAAGCAUGAGAAACUUUCACAAUGGACUUGUGCAUUUACUAUAUGCUAUACCAAGCCAACUCAGAACCAUUUAAUGGUCCAAAAAACACAGAGUAUAAAAACAAUUCUAGCUUUGUUUAUAAUCAGUAUAAAAGACAUUGUAUUCCUCCCCAGCUGGCUGAAGCAGUUUGUCUGGUUGCCUGCAGUAAAGAUGUGUUGUUAUAAUGUUAAGCUUUUACCAGAACACAAGCUAAAUGCAUGCACCUAUUGUUUGAAGGUGUCACCACUUUCCAAGCAAUGCUCGAUACUCCCAGCAUAAUCUAAAUUUAGAAUUCCCUUGAACUAGUGAUUGAUUGUUUCUUGGAAUAGCCUUUGAUAAGAACUUCCUGUUACUACUCCUGUAUCAUCCUGUAAUUACUCAUUUUUUUUGUAAAAGCAAUUAAAAUAGAAGCAAAUGUUUCUGUUUUGUUUUCCUGCAACUUUUGUAUCAUUGGCUAAAAUUAACCAGUUCAUGAAUAAAGAUGUUGAUAGCAAGCUAAAGAACCCAUGUUAGCUGACUUGAACUUGUUGAAAACAAAGGCUCAGAAAGAGUUUUUAAUGUGUCAAGCAUGAGAAACUUUCACAAUGGACUUGUGCAUUUACUAUAUGCUAUACCAAGCCAACUCAGAACCAUUUAAUGGUCCAAAAAACACAGAGUAUAAAAACAAUUCUAGCUUUGUUUAUAAUCAGUAUAACAGACAUUGUAUUCCUCCCCAGCUGGCUGAAGCAGUUUGUCUGGUUGCCUGCAGUAAAGAUGUGUUGUUAUAAUGUUAAGCUUUUGCCAGAACACAAGCUAAAUGCAUGCACCUAUUGUUUGAAGGUGUCACCACUUUCCAAGCAAUGCUCGAUACUCCCAGCAUAAUCUAAAUUUAGAAUUCCCUUGAACUAGUGAUUGAUUGUUUCUUGGAAUAGCCUUUGAUAAGAACUUCCUGUUACUACUCCUGUAUCAUCCUGUAAUUACUCAUUUGUUUUGUUAAAGCAAUUAAAAUAGAAGCAAAUGUUUCUGUUUUGUUUUCCUGCAACUUUUGUAUCAUUGGCUAAAAUUAACCAGUUCAUGAAUAAAGAUGUUGAUAGCAAGCUAAAGAACCCAUGUUAGCUGACUUGAACUUGUUGAAAACAAAGGCUCAGAAAGAGUUUUUAAUGUGUCAAGCAUGAGAAACUUUCACAAUGGACUUGUGCAUUUACUAUAUGCUAUACCAAGCCAACUCAGAACCAUUUAAUGGUCCAAAAAACACAGAGUUUAAAAACAAUUCUAGCUUUAUUUAUAAUCAGUAUAAAAGACAUUGUAUUCCUCCCCAGCUGGCUGAAGCAGUUUGUCUGGUUGCCUGCAGUAAAGAUGUGUUGUUAUAAUGUUAAGCUUUUACCAGAACACAAGCUAAAUGCAUGCACCUAUUGUUUGAAGGUGUCACCACUUUCCAGGCAAUGCUGGAUACUCCCAGCAUAAUCUAAAUUUAGAAUUCCCUUGAACUAGUGAUUGAUUGUUUCUUGGAAUAGCCUUUGUUAAGAACUUCCUGUUACUACUCCUGUAUCAUCCUGUAAUUACUCAUUUUUUUUGUUAAAGCAAUUAAAAUAGAAGCAAAUGUUUCUGUUUUGUUUUCCUGCAACUUUUGUAUCAUUGGCUAAAAUUAACCAGUUCAUGAAUAAAGAUGUUGAUAGCAAGCUAAAGAACCCAUGUUAGCUGACUUGAACUUGUUGAAAACAAAGGCUCAGAAAGAGUUUUUAAUGUGUCAAGCAUGAGAAACUUUCACAAUGGACUUGUGCAUUUACUAUAUGCUAUACCAAGCCAACUCAGAACCAUUUAAUGGUCCAAAAAACACAGAGUAUAAAAACAAUUCUAGCUUUGUUUAUAAUCAGUAUAAAAGACAUUGUAUUCCUCCCCAACCCAGCAGCAGCUUGGUGGCUGUCUGGGAUGAGUCUGGUCCUGCCCAAGGUUUCUGCCUGUUAAAAGGAAGUUUUUCCUUGCCACUGUUACUCAUGUUAGAUGAGAUGGGCCAAAUCCCAUCUUGGGUUAGGUCUUGAUAAUUCAUCAAACAAUGAGAGUGGUCUAGACCUGCUUUUUUUCUUUGGAAAGCGCAUCACCCUCCCCACGACACACCCCCUCUGGUAGAACAAAAAGUUGGCCAGCAGAAGAUCCUAUGCAAGCUUCAAAAAGGAUUCACCAUGUCGGAUUGUGAGUGACUAGCGGCAGUAAAUGCCUGCUCUGCAUCUGCCUGGACCGCUACCGUGUUGACAUUGCUGAGAUUAAUAGGAGUUAUUUAUUUAACAUGUGCCAAGAUAAAAGGCAAAAAUUACCUGUUCAAUAAAAACUCUGUUGUCUCGGCAUCUGUUUUUAGGCCCAAAUCCUGGCAGAGCUUUCUCGAAGGAUGACCUGAUGUUUUCUCGAGUUAGUUUCCUCGCUUGGUCAAAUUUCGUCUUCGUCUCUGCCCUUUCUUUUGUCUGCUUGCAUUUUCUUAGCACUUUUGGCGGUGGGGUAAGCAGAAGUGUUUUUUAUUUAUUUAUUUAUUUUGCAUCCUUCUCCAUCACAGCUCCUGUAGCUAACUUGCUACGCUACAUGUAGCAGCUCUGCUCCAAGCUCCAAAGAGGGCCGGGAGAGUGGGAGGGGAUGAGUCGGAACUACCUGAGAGGGGUGUGUCAAAUACAGCGAGGUGAUUGGAUGGAGAGGCGAGGCAGGAGCUUGCCAAUAGGAGCUGUUUGGGAUGGAUGGCUCCCAUUGGUCAAUGUUUUUGCAACCCUGCACCUGCUAGGGUGAACAGAUUUUUUCCAUUCUUUUUUCGCUUCAUUUUGUGGAGAUCGCAUCAUAGGACCAUGAUUGCCAUAGAAACGAGGUUCAUAGUAAUUACAAAUCGUCAACCAUGCCUUUAAAGUCAAGACGUGUUGUUAUACCAGGGUCGAGGAUUAAGUCUCGGUUUCAACUCAGUCCUAAAUAUCAGGAUUGACCCAUUUCCUUUUGCUGCAAUAGAGGAGGGAGGUUUGUGUCCUUUACUGCUGCCAGUCAUCAGGGGGAGCUCUAAUGCCAGGACAUGCUUGUCUUUUAACCUUGCUUUUGCACACACAACCAUCUGCAUCAUGAAAAUAGUCGUGCACCCUCUUGACUAAACACUGCAUGUUUUUUGGAGAAAACCUUUACAGGGAUUCAGAAGAUAGAAACAGGACACUCAGAGGUGGUUCAGGGAGAGACAGGUGUUUGUGGGUGUCAGUGGUCUAAUGAGUGACAGUUUUCUGAGCCAGCUUAGGUGACUGAUGACAGAACACACCAUGGACACUUCACCCUCCCAGGUUUCUAAACUCUGUGUGUGUCGUGAUGGUAACACCAACAGCGCUUAUCGUUUUAUGUCUGUGACAUCUACAUUUUUGUAUGUAUAAAACAGUAAAUACUUCACUUGGAAAAAUAUGUUUAAGAUAUGAGCUUUUCCUUGAGAUCAUGACUCAGAUAGCUUGCCUUUAUAAUUUUAUAUCUGUUUUAUUAUUUAAUGUAUUUGUAAGUACAGAAUUACGAAGAUAUUAGACCAAUCAAAGAAACUGGAAUACAGGAAUAAUGCAACAUCAGGAAGGGCAGAAGACCUAAAGUCUCAGAAAAUUACACAAGAUUAUGUAAUUUUUACAACCUUAAAAAGAUCACUUAAUCUACACGAUGGCUUUAAAGCUUAGUUCACUGGGUUUGUUUUAAACCUAACUAUGGAGAGAAAAGAAACUUGCAGAAUAGAUGUUCAACACACCACAAUGUAAUCCAAGUAAAUCCCUCAGGUUGUUUAUUUAGAUACUUUUGUUGCUUGGACUGCACUGAUUUUCCUGGCGUAUUACAUAUACAGGACUGAAAGCAAUUACAAGAAGACAACUUCUAUAAAUCUAAAUCUAUAAACAGACUCUAACAUCUGGGCUUAAUCACCAGCUUUGUGACAGGUCUGUUGCAUGAUUCCUUUUUUUUUUAAGCUGUUCUCACAGUUUAAAUUCUUGACGUAAGCGCCGUGUGUGUGUGUGUGUGUGUGUGUGUGUGUGUGUGUGUGUGUGUGUGUGUGUGUGUGUGUGUGUGUGUAUCAGUACAAGAAACUAUGCUCAACAACUGGUUUAAUUACUAAACAAACGUCAAGACAGAUCACAUAACAUCCUGUUAGCAUUUUUUACUUUUACAGAUUUCUAUCUGUACUUGUUGUUGUACCCGUUCAUUUCCCACUGCCCUUGUCUCACUUUCAGUCUCCAGAGGAGGGUGCCGUCAGCCCAAUCUACUGCGCCGUGGCGGAGGAAACAGAGGGAAUAACUGGAAAGUAUUUUGACAGUGACUGCUCUUUGGUGCUCCCCUCUCCUUUGGCGCGAGACGCUGCUCUGGCAGUCAAGGACUUUGAGAUCAGCGAGAGAGUGACAUCAAAGCUAUAAUGCAACUAUCAGGCAAAAGGAGCCUUGAUAACAGAGAAAAGGGGUCAAAUUCCAACCUCUUGUUGCACCUCUUGAGGGAAAAACUGACACUAUUUGCCUCUUAUAAUUGAAACAGGUGGUUUCUGAUUACAUUUUAAAAGGCAUUUAAAAGUUUAGUAUGUUUUUUAAAAGAAAAUUAGUCUUACGUAUCUGUAAUGACGAAGCUUUAUAUCUCUUAUCAUAUUUGGAGUUAGGGAAAGGCUAAAUAACUGCACUUAUACAUCUGCAGUAACAACAGAGAUUAUGUCAUUUAUGCAAAUAUUAUGUUAUAUUCUUAGGUAGAAAGUAUGAACUUGUGAGCUGAGUUUUCUAAGUGAUGCUGACACCAUGUGGCCAACUUGAGCUGAUAUCCGGAUUCAGAAACAACACCAGAAGCUUUUUAAAGUGACACAAUAAUUUCCCUUUAUUUAAUGAUUGAGUAAAACACAAUAAAAUAUAAGUAUAUCAGUGCUUUUUGAAGUAUUUUUACAGCGUUCAUCCCCUCCUGUGCAUGGCCUUGCUAUUUGGCUGUGAAGAAAGAGAUAGUGAGAGAACAGUGUGUUUUAAUCAAACUGUUAUCACAUUUAACCACAUAUUUUGAUAAUAAAGCUAAAGCGACGUCACUCUGUUAGUCUGAGGCUUUUUCAAUCACUGUGUGUCACCACAUUUUCAAUCAUAUGUACCUUUCGGAUGAUCUUUUGCUAGUUCAUGGAUUAUCCCACCGAGCACAGUAAUCACUUGAUCAGAUGACACGAGCAUACCACUGACCUCAGGUGUGUUCUAAAACCACAGAAAGAAAGUGGCAACAGGUUUUUAUUCAUGGUACUAUUAUUUGUUGACAUUAAAAUAUUGAGUGAAUAAAUGGAAGUCUGCUCACAGGAUCUCCACCAUUUUCCACUGGAGGGUUAUCUGGGGUUGUCACAUCUCCAGGCUGACUGUCCUCUGAUCGAGGUGCCAUGUCCUUUCUGUCCUCUCGCUCCUGCAGCACAGGCACACAAACACAAAACAGACAAAUGGACACUUAUCCAAAAAGACUUUUUGACUAAAUAAACUCUUACAACCUG